AUGACCUUUAAUCCCCAAACGCCUCAGAGCCCAUCGCAGUUCUCUCCAUCAACUGCGGACCCGCACUCUAGUAUGAAUAGCUCCAUGACAUCAGUAACCACCGCCUCUCUACCGACGCCGGCUCACAGCGUCAACAACUGCGACUCUUCUCACGACACAACUAUGAUUGACGCUGAGUCGCCCAACAAGCGCAAGCGUCUUGCCGACGACACGGGUGACCAAGAGCAGAAGAAAGCACACCUCGAGGAUCCUCGCAGACUUGGUAUUGAGAACCUUCAUCUGGAUGUCGGACCCAAAUACCUUCUCUUGAGAACUCCCCAUUCUGCGUCCUUUCCACGCACCUCGGAUGACCUCUUUGAGAGGUUUGGUCUGGCCGGCAUUGCUGCCGAGGUUGCACGGGUAAAGCCGAAUGGCGAGAAGAACGCCCUCCGAAAGACCUUCAAGGGUCAAAUCAAAAGUUUAGGCAUCAGUGGCUCCUUCGAGCCUGUUAAGAAGGAGAUCGAGGAUCCCGAGGGAUUCAUGCACAUGCUUGCAGCACCCGAAGAUGGUUGGUUUGUGCAUGAGGUCACCGGCAAGGAGAUCAAUAGAGGGUUUUCGGAUAUGGCUCUGGCCAACCUGACGCGCGCCAUGACAAUGGCCAAGGGUCCCAUUUCCAAGCAAGUAUGGGACAGCUCGGUUCUCGGCGAAUUGGCACCUCCGAAGAAGACCAAGGAUGACGCUCCGAAGCAAACUACCUCUGGCACACCUGCCGCAUCGGCAGCAUCUACCACCAAGACGAACAAGCUCCAAGUUCCACAGGGCGACCGCUUGCAGCGGACCAAGAAGAGAAGCUACAAGGACUCGUCCUUUGAGGGUUAUGGCGGCGGUUUCCCCGAUGAUGAUCUCGGUGCUGAGACCGGCUACUCUACAGGAGAGGGUGAAGAUCGGUCGGCCAAAAAACGGAGAAAGCAGAACCCUGGCAUCGCGUCGUCAUUGAGUGGAGGCAUUCGCCAGGCAGUACGAUAA